GAGCCAAAAUCAUGGUCACAACGGACACUGAACUCCAAAGCACCGGUCGCAUCCCUCGUACGUCUGCACACAGCUUUACUCUCUCCUGGCAAUGUGGAGCAGCAGCGUGGCCCUGCGGCGGCUCCAGAGGAUCGCUGGCACCCCGCUGAACGUCGCCGGGGGUCUGACAAGCAGCGUGCAGAGGAAGAUGUCCACGCUCCCUCGAGUAUUCGUCACCCGGCAGAUUCCGCCCGAGGGUCUGAAGAUCCUGCGCGACUCCGGGCAGGUGAACUUUGAGCUGUGGGACUCCGAUGACGUCCCUGUGCCCAGGAAGGAGCUUCUGGAGAAGGUCAGAGGCGUUGAUGCUCUGCUUUGUGUCCUCACGGAGAAGGUUGACGCGGAGCUGCUGGAAGCUGCAGGUCCCAAGUUGAAGGUUGUUAGUACUAUGUCAGUGGGUUUCGACCACCUCUCUCUGGAGGAGCUGAAAAGAAGGGGGAUUCGUGUUGGUUACACCCCUGACGUGUUGACUGAUGCUGUGGCUGAGCUGACUGUAGCGCUGCUCCUCACAACAUCCAGGAGGCUCAUAGAGGCCACGCAUGAAGCAAAGACCGGUGGCUGGGGCACUUGGAGGACUCUGUGGCUGUGUGGACAUGAGCUGGCCAACAGCACUGUGGGUAUUCUGGGCCUGGGGCGGAUCGGCGUAGCAAUAGCUGAACGCUUGGCGCCUUUCAAAGUAAAGAAGUUCAUCUACGCGGACGUGGCCCCCAGGCCUGAGCUGGCCGCUAGCAUCAACGCAGAGUACGUGUCGUUGGAUGAACUGGCAGAGCGCUCAGACUUCCUGGCCGCAUGCUGCGCUUUAACGCCAGAAACGAAGGAGAUCUGCAACAGGCGUCUGUUCUCCAAGAUGAAAAACACCUCCAUCUUUAUCAACACCAGCAGGGGCGGGGUCGUGAACCAGGAGGACCUGUACGAGGCUCUGGCCACGGGGCAGAUAGCGGGGGCCGGCCUGGACGUGACCGUCCCCGAGCCCCUGCCCACCACCCACCCGCUCUUUACCCUUAAAAACUGCGUGAUUCUACCACACAUUGCCAGUGCCUCCUACACCACCCGGAACGCCAUGUCUGCCCUGGCGGCCAACAACCUGCUCCUCGGGCUGCAGGGUGAGCCCAUGAUCAGGGAGCUCAAGCUGUGAGAAGCCCCACUCUACUAUCAAUUAUCGUACAAUGUCUUGGGAGAAAAGCAAAAUUGUAUUUUACAGUGUUUUCCUUGUUUCUUUUAAACCCAAAAUAUUAACAGCAACACAAUGAAUGUGAUUGUUUUUAUUCAGUCUGUACGAGAACUGAACACACUAUGACGCUUCAUAGACUUCAACAGCAGAAAGACAAACAUUUAGUCCUCUCGUGGUUACACUGUGUCAGGCAAACAGAACAGAAGUCCUUUAGGUUUGGCAACAGAGGCCCAGCUUUUCAAGCUACAGGGCAUAAGGCAGUGACGUUUGUCAUCAAUCGAAUCGAGGCCUUUUUACACACACAUUGUUUGACUUUUUUGGCAUAUUCAUAAAGAGAUAUUCCAGUCAGUGCUUAUUCCCCCCCAGAUUCACAUCAACACCUUCAAAGUACAGCACCAUUAGAAUUCCUAACAGGUCACUGUGUGAGACAUGGAAACAAUUUUAGACUCCUUUAUAGCUCAUUAUUAUGACGUUUACUUCUUUCCAUAAAGAAAGAAAAGACUGCAUUUGACAGAGGACCAUACAACACAGUUAAUAUUCAUUGUGAGUGGGGAUAUUUAAAACUCCACCCCUGACCAUAAUGUCAGAAAUUACACAGCAAACUGUAUGCUAGCUUAUGUUAAUGAGAAGGAGACCCUUCAGGAAAAUGCUUCCUCUUUAAAUUAAAUCUGAGCAGUAUCCAAAGACAUACAUGGUGAACAAAAUCUGCCAUUUUGCACAGGCCAACAGUUCAGGAAAUCUACAGUACAAUGGAAGGUGCUGACUAGAAAUGGAAAGGAUGACUGUGUGUGGGUGACACGAUACAGCAGGCAAUAAAGCGAAAGAAGGCAAACAUCGA